CAAAAAAACAGCUCACAACCAAGUUCUCUCCAUAUUAUCUGAUGUUUGGUAGAGAAGCACGAUACCCGUCCGAGGUUUCAGAACAUUAUGAGGUUGAUGGUUCCUUCGAAAUGGACUGUGAACAGGAAACAGUUGGAAUUGACAUUGAACGCCAUAAACAAAUUAUGGACAUUGUUGAUUUCAAUGUUGAAAAAACAAUCAACAGAAGAAAAAGAAGGCUAUCAAAUCAAACACAACAAAGCCUUCAGGUGGGAUACAUGGUGUGGCGACGUAACGUGCGCAGUGAACAGCGAAAAGGAGGAAAACUUGACCCCGAUUAUUUUGGUCCAUUUAUGAUCACCAAAAUAGAGGGGAAAAGUGUUGACCUUGUUGAUUCAGAUGGCCGGCCAACAUGCAAGGUCAACAUUGACCAUCUCAAAAAGCAUCAUGAGGAGACUCCAAGGAUACCUUACAAGUUGAGAAGGCAUCAACAAUUUGCCCCCUCUCAGCCACCCGAUAAAACCUCAUCUCCUCCUCCACCUACUCCUCUCCUCGUCCACCUACAGACUCCUCUCCUCCUCCAGCUGCCGACUACAGUCCUCCUGCAACUGCUCACCCCUCUCCUCCUCCAGCUGCUCACUGCUCUCUUCAUGUAUCUGCUCAAACCUCCUUUCAUGAAAAGUGUAUCUUGGAUAAACUAA